AUACUUCUUGUGACCCCGUCGACAGAUCAAGCACAUGAUGGCCUUCAUUGAGCAGGAGGCCAACGAGAAGGCGGAGGAAAUCGACGCCAAGGCCGAGGAGGAGUUCAACAUCGAAAAGGGCCGUCUCGUGCAGCAGCAGCGCCUGAAGAUCAUGGAGUACUACGAGAAGAAGGAGAAACAGGUCGAGCUGCAGAAGAAGAUCCAGUCCUCGAACAUGCUGAACCAGGCCCGUUUGAAGGUACUGAAAGUACGUGAAGACCAUGUCGGAAAUGUGCUUGAAGAAUGCCGCCGUCGGCUGGGAGAAGUCACCAGGGAUAGCACCCGCUAUGGCGAAGUACUCUCUGCCCUCAUCACUCAGGGAUUACUUCAGUUGAUGGAAGCCAACGUGGUCGUCCGUGGACGCCAGGUUGAUGCUCAGCUCAUCCAAAACGUGCUGCCAUCUGCCGUGGAGGCCUACAAGAAGACCUCUGGCAAGGAUGUGGUUGUUACCCUAGACACGGACAACCAUCUGCCAGCUGACACUACUGGCGGAGUCGAGUUGAUCACUCAGUCCGGUCGUAUAAAGGUAUCAAACACUCUGGAGUCCCGGUUGGAGCUCAUUGCCCAGCAGCUCAUCCCUUCGAUCCGUAACGCUCUGUUCGGUCGCAACAUUAACCGCAAAUUCACUGAUUAAGUUAGUUGUUAUAUGACUUCAAUCAUCAAGCACGUAUACACACACCCACACACUUCUAAAGUUUUGCGUUCAUUUUCGUUGUAAAAUAUUGGUUUAUUGUUUUGAAAUCUUAAAAAAAAUGAAUUUAACUCUGGUUUGAUAAUUUACUGUUUACAUAAAGUCACAUCUUCAAACUUCAACAAUUACAAACAAAGGAAAAUUGACCGGCAAGGACCAUUUCUAAGAAUGAGGAUUUUUCAUAUGAACUGUAUUUCUCAUGAAAGUUUCAUUGAAAAAUCUGAAGUAACAUCUCUAAACCGGUUCUGAAGGUCAGUUAACCAUAAUCUUAAAGUUUACGUUAAAGUGCGCAGAAAUUUUUACUUAUACAUUAGUUUUCAUUUUACAUUGGAAACGGGCUUCGGGAAUAGCGAUCGAAUGUGGCUGAAAAUCCUCGAAGAACGACAUAUAAGCCUACGCUCAAAACCGUUUACUGUUGCAAAAAUAGUUCCACCAACACCUUCAUACCAUACGGAACAAACUUCAGCCCUCAUUUCGAAAACUUAGAUCCUUCGCUAUUUUACGAAAGUUCGUUUCCUUGAUUUCUUAAACCUUUUUUGUUUUGUUAUAAAGGCUAGUUGGUAAAGCAAUUGUUAUUUCAUAAUCGAAAAUAUUUUAUUAGUGUUUUUUAAGGUAAACAUAUUGUUUGGAGUUUCGUCCGUUUUGUAAAGAGUAAUUUUGUCCUUUGCCCAUUUACAUUGCCGUAUGGGGCACAACUACUUAGAGAAAGUUAAACAUUCCUUUGCAAACUGAAUAAUUUGGCACACGUUCUCAUAGGCAGUACUGUUCAUAAAUUUUUAAUUGACAACUUAGAAUUUCUUUGUUGUUUUUUUUAUUUAAACAAAAAAUAGGUUUGAUUGAGCUUUUUGGUCCUUCAGUUCCCAUCUAGGAAUUAAAUCCUCAUGUCAUAUCGGUAGAUUUCAAUAUUAAAUCCAAUUGAAACGGUCGUCGUUAUAGACUUCUGGUUGCCUCAGCAUCUUGCUUGACUUACACCAAAUCUCAAAAACAGUGUAUUUGCUGAAUUUCAAGCAAUGGCAAUCGGUCUUUGAAUUGCUUCCGUUUCUAUGGAGCAUCUUAUGAGCAGAGAUAGUGUCGUUUCAAAACACCUGUUUCGGUGUGCGUGUCUGUAAUUAAAAAAAAAUACAAAAUUCAGUUAAAUGCCAUCCAUAACAUCUUUUGGCACUCAGGUGGGGUUAUAGGACCCAAAAAUGAACAAAAGCAAUGCUCGAAAUCAAACCUCGGUUCUAACAUUUUUCAGUUCUCAUUUCAACUUUUUGUUCAAACAAUCAAAGAAGUCAGUAUUUCCGUUCCGUUUAAAAUCAACUAUACAGACUCAAAACAAGAAAAUUUUAAUCAUGUAACAACUAGACUUUAAAAAUUAAGGAAAAAAUGCUAGACAAAAGUAUAUAAAAUAUUACUAUAAUAUAUAGAUAUUGUUGUAAUCGUAAAAAAUAUAAAUAAUAGUUAAUAUGUAAAACUUAAAUUAAAUCGUAAAAGUAACACAUAAGAUUUGAUCAAUAAUACAUCAUUAAAGGGACAAUGCAGAACAUAAAAAACAUAGCUUGAAACAACAGUAAAACAAGCUACAUUAUCAACAGCCGUAGUUUGGGAGACGCUUUCUGUGGAAUACAAUCUAGGUUGAAGCUAACCGAAACACAAACAUAACUAUUGGAACCUCAAUGGUUGAUUUGUUACUUUCGUUAUUAAUCUUGGAGAAAAAAAAACUAUAAACGAUAUUAGUGUUCGAUAAAAAAAAAUUUAAAAAAAAACGAAUUAACCGUAGCAAUCGAAACAGCAUUACAAGUAUGAACCACCAAUCAAAGAAAGAACAUUACAGGUUUGAUCUAUUGUGAAUCAUCGGAAGUGAACAGAAAUAUUAACACACGAAAAUGCACUCAAUAGAAAUAGCAAAUUUAUCGCUAGCAAACAAGUAAAAGUACACAAACGUGCACACACAGCAUAGAAAAACAACAAACAAACAAAAACUGUAUUUAAUCGAGCUACUGCAAGUAUUGCGUAACGGCAAAUGAAGGAAACAACAACAAUUAAAGGUGUAAACUAUUGUAUGUAUGUAUCAAAAUAUAUAACAUCUCUGGACAAACAAACACAAAUAAGUACACACACACAUAAAUACACACACACGAACACCUGAAACUAUAACAUAAAGAAUCAUUUGCAAAAUUUAUGGAUAAAAAAUACCAAUAAAGAUGCGAACAGAGUGGUUUGGGAUGAAGAGAAA